UCACGUGUCUCCUCCUCCUGAUAAACACGUUAUGUUCAAAUCCAAAACGAAAGUAUGAAGACAGAAAUGUUAUGAUUGAUAGACUGUGCCGGCCGGGCAAGAGCGGACUCCUCUUCCCCCAAAACAGUUCACCACACUUCGCCUCAGUAGCCCAACUGAAUUGUGACGACAGCUGUCCCUCCAUGUCCUGGACCUCUGCCCGUUUGAUCGCAGUCUCCAGCUUUUGUUGUCCGAACAUGAAACCUCCUUACGGAAUACCAGGGAACUGACAUCCAUGCGCCUUCCCAACCACCAUGGAGGAUGUCCCGGAGCGGGGAGGAGGAAGGCGCACCGUGGAGGGUCAGGCGGACAACGUCGGACCGCUCUAGGAUGCUCACUGCGGAUCUGACAGGAAGACAAAAGCCAAACACUGGAACACAAAGAGGAGAGGCAGGGACUAUUUUACAGAGAGAAAACACGGCGGAAGAACGCGUGAGUGUACAGUUGCCAAACAUUCAGCUGGAGCUACACAAGUGGAACGUCGAGCCAGAGAGCGCAGAGGAACUCAACUGGAAACAGGCCCUGUGCGCGGCGGACGGUGCUCCCCUCCCCACACACCUGCGUCCCUUCUGCAGUCCAGAGCAGUACACACUGGUGAAGCAGACGUACCAGCAGCUCCAGCACAGCGGCUACUACUGGGGCGCCCUGAGCAUGGAGGAGGCCCACGCCAUGCUCUCUGACGCAACCCAAGGCACUUUCCUCAUCAGAGACAGUGUCCAACCGGACGUCUUCUUCACUCUGAGUUACUGCGGCGACGAUGGCCCCACGAGUGUCCGCGUGCUGCUCAACAAGAACCUGCAAUUCAGUCUCCAUGGCAGCCACAAGACCUUUCCCUCCCUGUUUGCCCUGCUCACCCACUACACGGGGCCCACCUGCAAACUGAGCAAACCCCUGCGCACAGAGCGCCCAGAGCGUCUCAGCCACAUGUGCCGCAGGGCCAUAGUGCGUGCCUUUGGGGCCCACAACAUAACCACUGUGUCUGGACUGAGCACAAAGGAUGUACAGACCAUCUAUUUAUAUCCAUAUUCUAUUUAGAAGAGAGACUUGUGUGUUUGUUUAUAGGAAACAUGAUUUUGUAUGUUAUUUAUGGACAUUCUAGUCUGCUUAGUUAGUGUUAGUUAAUAUUGUUUUUGUUAAUCACAAAAAGGUAGGAUUCCUGCUAUCGUGAAAUGUUCUCCUGUAGACUAAAGGACUAAAGGAGUUACCAGACCCACUUUGAAAUGCUGAGCUUAAAAAUUAAUACGAAUAAUAAUAGGGUACAUAAAGGCAGACUAUGUACGUUUUCUGGUGGAGGGUGUGCUACCUUAUUGUCUCAGUGGAGAUAUUAUUACGUUACCUACAAUGUUCCACAGUGUGGAAUUAAUUUAUGUAUGCUGCGUUCAAUUGCAUGAGAUUUUAUUGCUGGAAAAAUCCACAGAUUUGCUUUGUGGCGCUGUAAUGCCAUACUGUGGAACAUUCUGGGCAAAGCAAUGGCAUCUCCAUGACGACAAACCCUUCAUCAGUAAAAUGACGUAGUGCUCCUUUAAUCCUUUUUGCACUGAGUUACUGUUGAGUUUCUGUUGAUAGAUUCUUGAAGAGCCUGUGUGAUUUGACAGUGUCUGUUAUGUUUAAGUUAGUUUUGUUAAAAGCUCCUCUAUGUUUCUUUUCUGCUGAAGCCUCUGCCUCUUGUCCUUUGGAGAUAUUAUGGUUUUAUCUGAAAUGUUACACAGUAACUUAACUUAUUUGCCUCCAUGGAAACCACAGACCAAAGUUACAGACUAAAUUUUCGGUGAGGCGACGCUCACAGUUUGAAUGUAUAAUAAUAAUAAUGGAUCCGUUUUAUGGAGUGCUUUUUUGGACACUUAAAGACGCUUUUACAGAGCAUUAUUCACUCACCCCACACUCUGGUGGUAAACUACUGUUGUAGCCACAGCUGCCCUGGGACAGACUGACAGAACCACCAUCAGCCCCUCCGACCACCCCCCCGUGGCACCUGAUUUUUCCAGCAGUCUCUCAUCCAAGCACUAACCCAGCCCUGCUGAGCUUCUGAGAUCUGACGAGAUCUGACUUUGACUUUUGAGCAACUGAAAACAUCCAUGAUUGGAUAAAUGCAAUUUAGACAAGUCUAAUGCCUUAUUGUUAUACUGUUUACUGCUAGAGGCAAAGCAAUAGGAUUUCCAUGGUAAUGGACCGUGUACCAGAAGAUUGACCUACCUUAAUAUAAAAUAUAAAAUGUAAAAAGUUAAUAAUAAUAAAAAAUAAUAAUAAUACAUAAACCACAGAAACAUUUUAAGACAGCUUUCUCUGCUCAUAUAUUGUAAUGUGCCCAUGUCUGCGCAGGGCACUGGAGCUGUAGAGCCCAGACUAUUUUCAGAAACACAGGACUCUGUAUAAGAUAACAGAUACACCCACCAGAAGUCACACUUAAGUCUUUUGAAAGAAUACUGUAAUUUAACGUUUGCUAUUUGCACCAAAGCUGUAUAAUCCCUUCUAUAAGACAAAUGGUACAGCAUCCGUAAUACUGAUAUUUCACUAUUUCAGAAGAAGUGUAGCAGAAACAUCCACUGUUGGCAGAUUUACUGUGGUGAUUUUCAGAAAAAAUCUUUCCUCUAAUAACAGGAACACAGAUUUAGACUUCCUGUAUAUUUUUUAUAUUUUAUAUUUUUAUUAUAUAAUACAUAAUGCAACAAAUGAACUAUAAAUGUACCCUGGGGGGUUCUGCAUGUAUGUCUAUGGUGGAAUGUUCAGCAAUUACCAUGGUGACACAAUUGCACACAUUGGCAAACACAGCCUAAAACUGAAUAGAUUUAAAACCACGCAUUUUGUAUUUUUUCUGAAGUUUUCAGACAACCGUCAAACCUUUUUGGCAGUGUUUGCUUAUGUGUGCAUCGUGUCCCCAUGGUAACAGCCAUAGACAUACGUGUAGAACAGCCCAUGCAUGAUGUGACUGCAAAGUAUCAGUAGUAUUCUGAUUGGUAACGGACUGCAUUCCAAAAUCCAGUUUAAUUCAGGUAUUCAAUUUAAUAUGUUUUCAAAGUAUUCUUCCCAGCACUGAAAUGAUCAUAUAUCAAACUUGUGCCUUUUUUUACUUUUGAAUUGUUAACACAUUUCUGUAUAAAUAAAGUUCAGUUGUUGUAUAAUG